AUGUCCGCGCCAAGAGAAAGAGUUGUUACUGCCAGAAAUCCGUCGGUACCGACCCAGAUAUCCCCGGAACAGAAGUUCUGGAAAGGUUUUGUGAACUCGCAGCUAGUGAAGGAGCACAAUGCAAUUACACACAUACACUUUGACCCGAACAGCCCCCAUGAUUUUGCUGUCACGUCUUCGACAAGAGUGCAGGUAUUUUCGUCGAAAACCAGAAAGGUGGUGAAAAAUUUCACCAGAUUCAAGGACACUGUCUACUGCGGUGAGUUUAGAAACGACGGUAAACUAUUAGUGGCUGGUGAUGCAUCCGGCUUGGUCCAGAUCUUUGAUGCACACCACCCAAGAACUUUGCUAGUCACAAUCACCCCUACUACACACCCAACACACAUAACGAAGUUCCACCCUACAAUCAACACACAGCUGUUGACUUGUUCGGACGAUCGUGUGGCCAGAUUGUACGACAUCUCUCAGUCUGCGAAACCUAUAAUCUCUUUCAACAACCACGAUGACUAUAUCAGAUCCGGUAUAUUCAUACCUACUUCACCAAACUUGAUUGCCACCGGUUGUUACGACAAUAACAUCAGAAUUUUUGACGUCAGAGUGGGCGGAAAUGAUCCAAUAGUGAAAUUCAAUCAAUCGUCCCCCGUCGAAGACAUGCUCUCUCUCACGCCUACCAACAUUCUAUCUGCUGGUGAAGGUGUGGUGAAGUACUGGGAUUUGGUUGCAGGUAAAUUAUCAAGGACAUUACACAACUUCAACAAAACUGUCACCUGCUUAAGCGACGCUGGAGAAAGAGGCAUUCUAGUCGGUUCGAUUGAUGGACACGUGAAGGCGUUUGACACAAGCACCCCAAAUUGGGAUGUCAAGUUUGGAUGGAAGUUUGGUUCGGGUGUUUUGAGUUGUGGUGUUUCCCCAGAUUUCAAGCAUUUAGUGGUAGGACUGAAUUCUGGCUUAUUGACUGUCAGAACGAGAAAGAACAAUAACGAUAACAUAUCAGCAACAACAGCAACAAGUAACAACCUCAAGUUCAAAGGUGACAAAUCGCAUGGUUUUGCAAGAUUCAUGCGUGGAUCGGAUUUCAAGGGAGAGGGCGAACAUCACGUAAUCGACGAAAAGGUUAACCACAAAAAACUCAGAUCUUUCGAAAGGGACUUAAAUGGGUUCCGCUGGUCCGAUGCGUUAAAUAGUGCGUUGCUAGAUGGAUUAGAUACCGAAGCAACUAUCACAUGUCUUGAAGAGUUGAAGAAGAAGGGUAAAGUUCGUAUAGCGUUGGCAAAUAGAGACGAAGCAUCCCUUGAACCGCUUUUGACAUGGUGUUUAAAAUUCAUCGACGACCCUAGAAAUGUGAGUAUCAUUGCAGACUACGUUAUAUGUAUUUUGGAGAUGUACGACGAACUAAUCUCUAGGAAACCGGUACUAGAGGAGUUGGUACUGAACUUGCAGAAAAGGGUCGAGAUCGAGUUAAAGAAGGCCCAAGACUCUGAACGUAUAAUUGGUAUGCUCGAGCUACUCAGUGCAUAG